AUGCUGCGUGCUUCACUAGCGAGAUGCAAGACUUCUAGUCCUGCCAGUCUAGGUCUAAAGCGACAUAUGGCCGUUGCUGCAGCUGCAGCCAAGAAAGAAGGUGACAUCUCCGACGCAUUCACUUCUCUCUCCGGUGCUCAAAGAGAACCUCUUCCAGAUCGCUUUCGCUUGAGAAAACUUGAUCUUGUAAGAGGUCGAGAAGACCAGAUUGAGAAAAGUUGGAAGUCGUUGCUGCGUGAACUUCGCAGGGAGAAUGAUGUCGUUGCCAGCAAGGGCCCGAGUGUCAUUCCACAGAUCAAGUACGACGAGUUCGAACGGAGUGCUGAAGGUCUGAAAGAAGAGAUUAGAAAAAGAGGUGUUGUCGUCGUCAAAGGUGUUGUUCCUGAGGAUGAGGCUAGGGCUUGGAAGGGUGAAGUUGAGGAUUAUGUUCGCAAGAACCCUUCUACAAGAGCAUUCCCCCCUCACGAUCCUCAAGUCUACGAACUUUACUGGUCCGCCCCUCAACUCAAAGCCCGUUCCCAUCCCAACUUCCUCCACGUCCAACAACGUCUCAUGUCCCUCCUCUGGCACUGCUCCAACCCCUCCACUCCCAUCUCCCUCUCCCAACCCUUCAGUUAUGCCGACAGACUCCGCAUCCGCCAACCAGGUGACGCCUCAUUCGCUCUCGGUCCACACAUCGACGGUGGGAGUGUGGAGCGAUGGGAAGAAGAAGGAUACGGCCGCGGAGGUGUGUACGAUGCUGUAUUAGCUGGCAAAUGGAACGAGUAUGAUCCAUGGGAUGCGAGCGGCCGAGUGCACGCUGUGAACAACCUCUACGAGGGACUAGGUGCGUGUUCGAUGUUUAGAAUGUGGCAGGGUUGGAUGAGCAUGAGUCACACGAAGCCUGGCGAGGGGACGUUACUGGUGAACCCGCUCGUGAAGUUGUCCAUGGCAUAUGUUUUACUCCGGCCCUUCUUCCGCGCAAAGAAUAUGGCCGCGAGUGACUUUUUGGGUGUGGAUAAUUGGGAGUUUAUGGGAGGGGAGAUGGAUAGUGAGUUGCAGGGUGCGACGCCAGGAACAGGGCAAGAGUUGACGGAUGAGUUGCAUCCUCACUUGGAGUUGGACAAGACCAUGGUUCAUGUCCCUGAGAUACGACCUGGCGACUUUGUAGCAUGGCACUGCGACACAAUUCAUGCAGUCGACAAAGUACACAGUGGAAAAGCAGACUCAAGUGUCAUGUAUAUCCCCGUGUGUCCCAUUACGGAACUGAAUGCUGAGUACAUGGUCCGGCAGCGGGAGGCGUUUAGACGGGGCACGCCGGGUCCGGAUUUCCCGGGCGGCGCGGGGGAGUCGGGGCAUGUGGAUCGGCCUACGGAAGAUGUUCUGGUCGGAGCGGGAAAGAGGGCGUUUGGUCUUGAGGGGCUGGAGAUGAAGGGUUUGGGUAGUGAUGGGGAAAAAGAGGCGGUGGAGAGUGCUAACAGGGUCUUGGGGUUCUGA